AAGCUACGAGAGGGUUGCCUUACGCGACCGGAACUACAUCCUCCAGAAGGAAGCGCGGCGUUGCCUAGGAAGCCGACUGCCUAGCGUUCCAACGGCUCUCAGGAAGCGAAACGAGUUGUGGCUGGCGGCGAGGAACCAGAUAAUGUAUGCCGAAUUGAAGCACAGUAUGAUAGGAAGCUAUCGUGAACCUCCAGAUAAAAUAACUGACCCUUCAUUUGCAUACUGUGAAGCAGCCACUCAGAAUCAUCUGCCUAAGAAGUCACAACCCCUUUCUACUCCAAACAGCCAUGCUCUUUUGUUGGCCCUGAAAACUCUUCAGGAUAAGAUUCAUCGACUAGAGUUAGAAAGGACACAAGCUGAAGAUAAUCUGAACACCCUUUCCCAAGAAGCUGCAUUGUAUAAAAAAGCCUUGCAGAAUGAAAAUAAUGAGCGAGACUUGGUACAUCAGGAACUGAUAAAGCAGAGAAAAGAUAUAAGUGCACAGCUCAGUGCUGCCCAGACUCGUUGUUCUAUUCUGGAGAAACAACUGGAGCUCACAAAGAAAAUGGUUUUGAACGCGGAACAAGAAAAGAACCUCACCGUAGAACAACAACUUCAGUGGGAAAAGGGUCAGGAUCAGAUGAAGCUGAAUGCAAAACUUGAAAAACUUGAGGUCUUAGAAAAAGAAUGUGUCAGACUAACAAGUACUCAGAAGACAGCCGAGGAAAAGAUUAAACAUUUAGAGCAAAAACUUAUUGAAGAAGAACAUCAACGUAAGCUAAUUCAAGACCGAGCUGCUCAGCUUCAAACUGGACUUGAGAUCAAUAGAAUUUUAAUGUCUUCAGUUCUACCUUCACAACAAACCAAGAAAAAGAAAGCUGCAAAGGGCAAAAAAUGUUCAAAGAGAGGACUUCAGCAGACUCAUUCAAAGUUUGGUGCUGUUGGAAAGUCUCCCAGUGAAAGUCAUUUUGUGAAUGCAAGCAUGCAAAGCAUCUUGAAUAUGAUGAAACAUGGCAACUCGCCUUCCCUUCAGGGAUGCCCUGAAGCAACUGAACGAAGGGCUAUCAGUAAGAGAACUGUCCGAUGCAGACCCACAUCCUCUUACUCUAGUAAAUCCACUUCAGUUGGUGAUGGUUUGACUGACCUAGUGAUGGCUAUGCAAGAUGAACUGGACCAAAUGAGCAUUGAACACCAAGAACUUUUGAAGCAAGUACAGGGAAGCCCAAGACUUUCAGUCAAUGAAGAAAUAGAAUAUGAACUGGAAUGUUUAGCUAGAAAAAUGGAGAUGAAAGGGGAGCAAAUAUGCAAACUGAAGAAAUAUCAAGACCAUGUAAAUAAACUACAACAAAAAUCUCAAAACUCAGAGAGUGAAGAAUUCAGCAUUCAGCCAGAAAAUGAAAACCAUAAAGGAACAAAGACGGUGCCAGUCAUGGUGGUCACCAGAAAGGGCACAAAUAAGACUAAAGCUCCUCCGAAAAACUGCAGCUGUCAAAUGCCACAAAAGUGUUUCCAAAAGAUACGAAUGACAUUGAGGAAAGAUGACGUCAAGUGGGAACAGUAGAGCAAUGGUGUAAAAUUCAAUUUCAAUGAACCUUGCUGAUCAUUGGGAAUUUUUAAUUGUCUGAAGUAAUUUUAAUGUAACUUUUAAGAAUUUUCUAAUUAUGUUUCAUGCCCAUAAAGUAUUAAAUCGUAAUAUUUUUAAAAGUGAAUACUGAGUGACUUGCUAGGAGUUCUCCAGACUAAAUGGUUUCUUAUUGAAUACCAUCACAUGAUUUCAUCACAUCUUAGAAAAAUUAUUUUCUUUUUGGACACGUCUAGAAUGAAAUUUUAGAAACAAGUAUUGGCAAAAUUCAUUCUUAAAUAGACCUCACAAAAUUUAAGAUAAGGAAUUUAAAAAUCUCUAACCUUGAGGGAAAUGGAAUUAGUGCUUCUCUUCAACUUCAUAUUAGAUCUAUGAAUUCAUCUGUUUUGGAGAAGAAGAAACUUUAGAUUAAAAUGUAAUGAUCUCCAAAAACAACCCCCGAUCACCUCUUCACUGUUUUUACAACAUAACAUGCUUCACCUCAUAACAUCCUACAUCCUUAAUUUUGCUUGUGUUAUUCCAUAAUCUUGGAAUGUUCCUCUUUCGUCUCUGACUGUCCAAAUCCUACCCAGUCUUCAAAGCUCAACCCAAAUCACAUCUCCUACUUGAAAUCUUUCCCAGUCACUUCAAUGGUUUGAAUGUCAUUUUUGCCCCUUUUAGUAUCUAUUGUCCUAAGUACCUGAGUACACUUAGUGUCUUUGAGCCUUUUUCUUCAUCUCUAAAAUUAGAGGACUGCUAACCUAUGAGACUCCUUAUAGCUCCAAAUUUGUGGUCUCUCCUUUCUUAAACUCCUUACUCUACCCAGUGUCUUCCAAAAUUGACAAUUGUCCAGGCUUGGGACAGUAUUAUGAUUCCACUGUAGAAGCUUCCUUUCUCCACCUCUGUUUCUACUUUACAAAUAUCUUUGCUCUGAUCCUCCUUGGCAACUUUUAUUACUUUAAAUGAAUGUUUUAUUUAACACUUAAGGUGGAACAUCAGUAUAACCAAAUAAACUUGCUGGAGUAAUUUUAUUUCACUAUAACAAGUAUCCAUUUUUAAGUCAUUCAUUCUCAGUCUUCAUCGGGGUAUUUUUUGUCUAGUCCCACAUAGUUUUCCUCUUAUAUGGGAAUACUUAGUAAGCACUCAUCUGCUUCUGAUUUUCAUUUGUUUUGCAUUAUGUCAUAAAGCUGAGACUGCAUUGGGUAGUGGAUAGAGAGCCAGAAAGAUAUGCGUUCAGGUCUCACCUCUGACAUUCUGACUGUCAUUCUGCAUAAGUCACUUAACCUCUCAGUACUCUGGGCAAACCUCUCAGACUAUAAGUUGCAGAAAAGGUGCUCCAGGAGUUUCCUCAUCCAGGAGUUCCCUAUUAAAUUAUUGCUCUAGUUCCUGUCCCUAUUAUUUCAUGAACAUCACCCUUUUAUUUACUGUUCCUGUUCUUUCAAAAUAUUAAUUUUUUUUGAGUCCACAUCCUGCAAGUACAUCGGUUGGGGUUAUAUGAGCUUCAGAACUAAGGGGGUAGGGAAAGUGAUUCCCAAAAGGAAGAUGAAUAAUAUCCAGGGUAAAGAGGAAUUAGAAUUCACUCUGGCUAUGGCAAAAGAAUUUGCCAUACAUUGUCUUUUUUUGUUGUUUGUUUUGUUUUGUUUGUUUUUUGUUUUUUUGUGUGUGAAGCAAUUGGGGUUAAGUGACUUGCCCAGGGU